UAAAUGGAGUUCCUUGGCCUCAAGAGGCAACACGCCGAAAUAGCCAUACUUUUAACUGCAGGAUGCUAAUUCACCCUCCAGACGAGCCAGGUACUGAGAACCAAGAAGCUUGCCAGCGGUAUGAAGUAAUGCAGUGUUUCACUGUGUCACAGCCAAAGUCAAUUCAAGAAGAUGGAGAAGAUUUCCAGUCAUGUUUGAUCUGUAUUGCAAGGCGAUUACCUCGGCCUCCAGCUAUUACAGGCGUAGAGUCCUUUAUGACCAAGCAAGAUACUACAGGUAAAAUCAUCUCUAUUGAUACAAGUUCCCUGAGAGCUGCUGGCAGAACUGGUUGGGAAGACUUAGUGAGGAAAUGCAUUUAUGCUUUUUUCCAACCACAGGGCAGAGAGCCAUCUUAUGCCAGACAACUGUUCCAAGAAGUGAUGACUCGUGGUACUGCCUCCAGCCCAUCUUAUAGAUUCAUAUUGAAUGAUGGGACAAUGCUUAGCGCCCACACCAAGUGUAAACUUUGCUACCCUCAAAGUCCAGAUAUGCAACCUUUCAUCAUGGGAAUUCAUAUCAUCGACAGGGAACACAGUGGGCUGUCUCCUCAAGAUGACACUAAUUCUGGAAUGUCAAUUUCCCGAGUAAACCCCUCAGUCAAUCCUAGUAUCUCUCCAGCUCAUGGUGUGGCCCGUUCAUCCACAUUGCCACCAUCCAACAACAGCAUGGUCUCCACCAGAGUGAACCGCCAACAGAGCUCAGACCUUCACAGCAGCAACAGUCAUAGUAAUUCUAGCAACAGCCAAGGGAGUUUUGGAUGCUCAUCUGGAAAUCAGAUUGUAGCCAAUGUUGCCUUAAACCAGGGACAGGCAGGUUCCCAGAGCAGUAAUCCCUCCUUAAACCUCAAUAAUUCUCCUAUGGAAGGUACAGGAAUUUCUCUAGCCCAGUUCAUGUCUCCAAGGAGACAGGUUACUUCUGGCUUGGCAACAAGGGCCAGGAUGCCAAACAAUUCAUUUCCUCCAAAUAUUCCGACAUUAAGUUCCCCAGGUGGCAUUACAAGUAGUACCUGUAAUAAUAAUAACAACCGAUCUUAUUCAGGCAUCCCAGUAACAUCUUUACAGGGUAUGAAUGAAGGGCCCAGUAACUCUGUUGGCUUCUCUGCCAGUUCUCCAGUCCUUCGGCAAAUGGGCUCACAGAAUUCACCUAGCAGAUUAAACCUACAACCAGCAAAAGCAGAGUCCAAAGAUAACAAAGAAAUUGCAUCCAUUUUAAAUGAAAUGAUUCAAUCUGACAGUAGCGCUAGUGAUGGCAAACCUCUGGAUUCGGGUCUUCUGCAUAACAGUGAUAGACUCUCAGAUGGAGACAGUAAAUACUCUCAGACCAGUCACAAACUGGUACAGCUAUUGACAACAACUGCAGAACAACAGUUACGGCAUGCUGAUAUAGAUCCAAGCUGCAAAGAUGUACUGUCUUGCACUGGCACUUCCAACACCACUUCUGCUAACUCUUCAGGUGGUACUUGCCCCUCCUCUCACAGCUCGUUGACCGAGCGGCACAAAAUUCUGCACCGGCUUUUACAGGAGGGUAGCCCUUCAGAUCUCACCACUUUGUCUGUGGAGCCUGAUAAAAAGGAUAGUGCACCUACUUCUGUAUCAGUGACUGGACAGACCCAAGGGAGCUCCAGUAUAAAACUAGAACUGGAUGCUUCAAAGAAAAAAGAAUCAAAAGACCAUCAGCUCCUGCGCUACCUUUUAGAUAAAGACGAGAAAGAUUUAAGAUCAACCCCAAACCUGAGCCUGGAUGAUGUAAAGGUGAAAGUGGAAAAGAAAGAACAGAUGGAUCCUUGUAACACAAACCCUACCCCAGUGACCAAACCUGCUCCUGAGGAAAUUAAACUGGAGUCCCAGAGUCAGUUUACAGCUGAACUUGACCAUUUUGAUCAGUUACUGCCUACACUGGAGAAGGCAGCACAGUUGCCAGGCUUAUGCGAGACAGACAGGAUGGAUGGUGCAGUCACCAGUGUAAACAUCAAACCGGAGAUCGGGCCAGCUUCACUUCAGUCUACUACUGCCAGACCCACUUCUAGGCUGAACAGAUUACCUGAGCUGGAAUUGGAAGCAAUUGAUAGCCAGUUUGGGCAACCAGGAACAGGCGAUCAGAUUCCAUGGGCAAAUAAUGCUGUGACAACUGUAAAUCAGAAUAAACCAGAAGACCAGUGUAUUAGUUCACAAUUAGAUGAGCUUCUCUGCCCACCAACAACAGCAGAAGGAAGAAAUGAUGAGAAGGCUCUUCUGGAACAGCUGGUAUCCUUCCUCAGUGGCAAAGAUGAAACUGAGCUCGCUGAACUAGACAGGGCACUGGGAAUUGACAAACUUGUUCAGGGGGGUGGAUUAGAUGUAUUAUCAGAGAGAUUUCCACCACAACAAGCAACCCCACCUUUGAUGAUGGAAGAAAGACCCAACCUCUAUUCCCAGCCUUACUCGUCUGCUUCUCCUACUGCCAGUCUCCCUAGCCCUUUCCAAGGCAUGGUCAGGCAGAAGCCUUCACUUGGGACGAUGCCUGUUCAAGUAACACCUCCCCGAGGUGCUUUUUCACCCAAUAUGGGCAUGCAGCCAAGGCAAACUAUAAACAGACCUCCAGCUGCACCUAACCAACUUCGACUUCAACUACAACAGCGACUACAGGGACAACAGCAGUUGAUACACCAAAACCGGCAAGCUAUCUUGAACCAGUUUGCAGCAACUGCUCCUGUUGGCAUCAAUAUGAGAUCAAGCAUGCAGCAGCAAAUCACACCUCAGCCACCCCUGAAUGCCCAAAUGUUGGCACAGCGUCAGCGGGAGUUAUACAGCCAACAGCACCGACAGAGGCAGCUAAUACAGCAGCAAAGAGCCAUGCUCAUGAGGCAGCAAAGCUUUGGGAACAACCUCCCUCCCUCAUCUGGACUGCCAGUUCAAAUGGGGAACCCCCGUCUUCCUCAGGGUGCUCCACAGCAGUUCCCCUACCCACCAAACUAUGGUACAAAUCCAGCAACCCCACCUGCUUCUACCAGCCCGUUUUCUCAACUGGCAGCAAAUCCUGAAGCUUCAUUGGCCACCCGCAACAGCAUGGUGAACAGAGGAAUGGCAGGAAACAUGGGAGGACAGUUUGGCACUGGAAUCAGUCCUCAGAUGCAGCAGAAUGUCUUCCAGUAUCCAGGAUCAGGAAUGGUUCCCCAAGGUGAGGCCAACUUUGCCCCAUCUCUAAGCCCUGGGAGCUCCAUGGUGCCGAUGCCAAUUCCUCCUCCUCAGAGCUCUCUGCUCCAGCAGACGCCUCCCACUUCUGGGUACCAGUCACCAGACAUGAAGGCCUGGCAGCAAGGAGCAAUAGGAAACAACAAUGUGUUCAGUCAAGCUAUCCAGAACCAGCCCACGCCUGCACAGCCAGGAGUGUACAACAACAUGAGCAUCACUGUGUCCAUGGCAGGGGGAAACACAAACGUUCAGAACAUGAGCCCAAUGAUGGGCCAGAUGCAGAUGAGCUCUUUGCAGAUGCCAGGAAUGAAUACUGUGUGCCCUGAGCAGAUAAACGAUCCAGCACUGAGACAUGCAGGCCUCUACUGCAACCAGCUGUCAUCCACUGACCUUCUCAAAACAGAACCAGAUGGAACCCAGCAGGUGCAACAGGUUCAGGUGUUUGCUGACGUCCAGUGUACAGUGAAUCUGGUAGGCGGGGACCCUUACCUGAACCAGCCUGGUCCACUGGGGACUCAAAAACCCACGUCAGGACCACAGACCCCCCAGGCCCAGCAGAAGAGCCUCCUUCAGCAGCUACUGACUGAAUAACCACUUUUAAAGGAAUGUGAAAUUUAAAUAAUAGACAUACAGAGAUAUACAAAUAUAUUAUAUAUUUUUCUGAGAUUUUUGAUAUCUCAAUCUGCAGCCAUUCUUCAGGUCGUAGCAUUUGGAGCAAAAAAAAAAAAGUUCACUUUUGUUGGGAGAUUGAGAGGUGUUUUUGUUUCUUUCUUUGUAAAGGCCUUGGAUAUUGGAAAAAAAGGCAGAACAGUUGGACAAUCUAUUUCUUGAGCCAAAUUUAAUUAUUCUUAUUUUUAUAAUCAGUCAUUGGCUUCUUACCUGGAUGAAGGCUUUUGGAGGAGAACUAAAAUGACAAGUUCCAAGGGGAAGACAAACUCCGCCUCUCGGUACCAGCCUGACCCUGCCCAGGAAGAGGGCCCUAGGGACUUUGCCUAUAUCCAUCCACCAAAGGCUGUCACGUUCCUCAAAACCAACAGCCCUUCCCUACCCUGACCCUAGGAAGCUCGUGUGUACAAUCAGCUUCUUCAAGCAACUCUUUGUCUUUUGGCUUCAAGAGAAUACUUUGCCUCUACAUCCAUGUCCCUUUUCCUUUUUUUUAAAGAUGGAUUUAAAUCAAGAUGCCUCCAGAAAAGAGGAUGGAAUAAGUAUAUUCACUGAGGAAUCCAAAAAAUACAGUUUGGGGAAAAAUGCAAUAAUUUUUGAUGAGAUGGGUGAAAGACAAGAAGUGAGUUCUGUCAAUUAUUGUAGAUACAAUUUUCUGAUUAAAUCUGGGGAGAAAAGGUAGCCUGUUCUUUCUGCUUUUAUUGUGUUAACAGCUGAGGUAGCUAAAGUUAUUUAAAAUAAAAUUAAAUUUAUGACCCAAGUAGCUUAUUUUUCCUUAAAUCUCACUGUAAAUAUAUUUGAUUUCUUGUAGAAAAUUAUUUCCUUCUGUUUAAUUUUAUGCUUUAUUAUCAUAUUCUUGAUUUUUCUAAACUUGUGUGUUAAAUAUAACAUUGAAUUACAGUUACAUUUGGCUAGUAAUAUUUCAUUAUUUUAGUAACUGUGACGCCAUGAUGGAUUUGCUUUGGGGCUCAUAUCAAAGUGGCACUGCCAGAAAAAGCCAUUGCAGCUGAGCUGAGCCAGAGCAUGUGGGAUCACCUGACCAGAAGUGCACCGGCUGCUUGUACAGAGGGAAGUUAGUGCUCAAAGAAAAUCUGCUUUUUUUCUUAGACUAACUUUGGGAAUUUGAAUUUCCAUCAGUGCAAAUAACAGUUUCUCUUUCCUGCUUAGCGGCUAAUUGGUACCAUGUUUUUCCCUUUGUGUCUUGUCACUCUGCCACAUCCCAUCUCAAUCUGAUCUCUGAGAAAGGAGCCAGUGAACUGACUUUCUAGUUCUAAAAGUUCCACUACAGGCCAGGAAACCUGAGAAAGGCAUUGUGGAAGAAGUAAAGACAGACCCCCUCCCCCAUCAUUCUCCUUGGUCUGCACCCCCAGGCCUGCGAACGAUGACAACAUUGACAUUCUGCACCAGCUAUGUCUGCUUACGUGGCAGAGAAAAGGCCACAAGAACCAACGUGGACAAGGAGCAUGGACUCAGACUUCAAGGAAGAAGCCAUUUUCCCAGGUCCUUCUUUCUGCAUCUCACCACCCCUAGUUACAAAUAACUCCGUUGAACAGCAUCUAUUCAGACUACACCCAAUAAAAAAAUUGGUGGAAGGGCUCAUGUGGGUAGCAACUAUGAAACAGAAAUAGGACACUCAGUUACAAACAUUAAUCUCUUUUAGUUUUUCAGAAAAUGCAUUUCUGAUUUCAUUCAUUUCCAGCUUGAAAACCCAGCCAUAUUACUCUAAUCCCUACCAAACUGCUCUAUGAGGUCAUUUCCAUUUUGUGAUAUUUAGAUGUGCAGACUUCAGGAAGUUCACCUUUAACUUCAGCAUUCCAGAUGAAGUUUCCUGACUCAGUGCUUUUGCAUAAGGAACUAGGAAAAAAAAGCAGUAAGGAAAAUUGGAGAUGCUAACAUCCUCCCCCAUCCCAACUGCACCUUAAAGUAUGCAUGUCACCUUCAAGGUUUUAUAAUUGCACUGUUUGUUUUAUGUAUGUACAGAUUAAACUUAUUGCUACAUUUGAGGAAAAUAAAAUUGCUUGCUUCUAUGUAAUUCCUGUCAUUCCACAGGAAAUUCACUUUUCCAGCUACUGAAUAGAAUUUGUUUAACAACCUCAUGGGUUGCCUCUUCAUUUACAGGGAAGAAAUGAAAUCUACAGUCUGCAGGAAUUAACCAAAGUCCAGAAUGACUAACAAGUAAUUAAAGGAUAGUAAAAGAAGGAUCCCUAAAGCCAAAGAUCCUUGAUGUCACCCUAAUAUGAAUUAGCCCAGUGAAUUUUGAGAAGGUCAAAGUGAAGUCGUCAUGGGGGGAGGAGGAGUUGAAAAUGCUAAUGUGGUCACUCUCACCCUGUCUCUGGGUCCAGGAGAUAAAACGUGUCUUUCUCAGUCCUUACUUCUUUACAUGCCAAUAUUUACUGAUAGAGAUGUUGAAUUUUACAAAAGGAUACUCCUUCAUUGUAAUAAUGCAUCUUACAGAAGUUAGGCCCUCUUUCUUGUUUUGUUUGUUUUUUAAAGCAGAUGAAAUCCACCAACAAAGUGGGACCA